CGUUUCGGGCGAGAGGCAGGGUACACACUGGACAGGUCGCCAGUCUGUCGCAAACACAUCAUGUAAACUCAAACUAACUGAACGUUCUGUCUAAUUAAUGGAAUGUUUUACUAAAGUUACAUUUUAAACUGAAGAUGCUAAAACGUAAUGUACAGCAGGAGGAUGUGAGCCUGGAGUUAGUCUGACUGCUGUCAUAGCUGCUCUUCAGUGCGCAUGCUUCUCCUCUCCUCCCUCCAUACGUCGACGCGGCCCCGCUCUCCAUCUGACAGCUGGCGGCGCGACAUGCUCAGAACCAGACCCGGAGCUCCCCACCAGCGCAGAUUCGGUUCUGGUCCGAGCGGAAGCCGAGCCGCUGGGUUGGGGUCCGAGCAGCUGUCGGGUUGAGCUUCUGGAUCCCAGUCGGCAUGACGGGCUCCUGAUCCCGGCAGAACGCCUUCCUUUUCCCUGUUACAUUUUGGAUCCGUUUGGACAUCCGGAGGCCUGAUCAUGUCUGUUAGAGAGAAGGGGGUCCUGACCAAAGACAGCGUCAGCCUGUUGCCCUGCUUCUAUUUUGUGGAGCUGCCCAUCCUGGUCUCAUCUGUGGUCAGUCUCUACUUCCUGGAGUGGACCGAUGUGUUCAAGCCGGUGAAUUCUGGGUAUAACUGCCACGACCGCAGCCUGAGCCUGCCCUACAUUGACCCCAACCAUGAGGUCAUCCCACUGCUGAUGCUGCUUAGCCUGGCCUUCGCUGGACCAGCCAUCACUAUCAUGAUUGGAGAGGCCAUCUUGUUCUGCUGCCUUUCUCGGAGGAAGACUGGCGGUGGAACGGAGGCUAGCAUCAACGCAGCUGGCUGCAAUUUCAACUCUUUCAUUCGCCGAGCCAUCCGCUUUGUUGGUGUUCAUGUGUUUGGCCUCUGUGCGACCGCCCUUAUUACCGACAUCCUGCAGCUAAUGACUGGCUAUCCAACACCCUACUUCCUCACUGUGUGCAAACCCAACUACACCACACUGAAUGUCAGCUGUGAUAAAAACCCCUAUGUGACAGAGGAUAUCUGCUCAGGAGCAGACCCUGCAGCCAUAAACCAGGGGAGAAAAUCCUUCCCAUCCCAGCAUGCCACACUAGCAUCCUUUGCUGCUGUCUACAUAUCAAUGUAUUUCAACAGCACUCUCACAGACUCGUCCAAGCUGCUUAAGCCUCUGCUGGUCUUCUCUUUUAUUAUAAGUGCCAUCAUUUGUGGUUUGACUAGAAUCAUUCAGUACAAGAACCACGGUGUUGACGUUUAUCUGGGAUUCCUAAUUGGAGGUGGUAUCGCCGUGUACCUGGGGGUGUAUGCAGUUGGAAAUUUCCAGUCAAGUGAGGAGCCCAACAGCAGUCCUCCUGUUCUUUUGCACCACCCUUCUUGCACAUUGCCACAUGUAAGCCAGGAGGCUGUUCUCCAUCACCUUCAGAUGAAAGCUAGUAUGUCUAGUGAGGCUGGUAUCCCCACCUCCCACUCUGAAAGCCUGCUUCACCGAGGCCUUCAGCAGCAGAGACCUGAAGACAGCCUAAAGCGCUCCAAUGCUAAUGUGGAAGUGAUGUCGCCCUGCAGCCCCCAGAGCAAAGAUGCCAUGAUGAGUUUUAGCCAUACACUCCCUCGGGUUCACACCCCUCAGGCCAUAGCAGCAUAUGAAGAAGCCGCCAGACGCCAUGCUGCCACUCUCCACCAUGCGUCCAUGGACUCCAGUCGCUCAAAGCAGCUUCUGUCUCAAUGGAAAAGCAAGAACAACAACCAUAAAUGCUCCAUGAUGUCCCCAGACUCCUUUUCCUCCUCUGUCGACUCAUCUUCUGGACACCUUCCACAUCAUGGCAGCAUUGAGCUACGAUCCAGCGCUGAACCAUCAACUGUGGGCAUAAAUGGAGGCCUUGAUGCCAGCACAUACUUGUCCAAGCUACCCACUGGUGCUAGUACCACACUACCCAGUAACUGCAGUGGAAUCACUGGAGGCACUAGGAUAUCAAUGCAAUCUAGACCCGGGUCAUCACAGCUAGUGCACAUACCAGAGGAAGCACAUGAAAAUUACAAGACCUUUUCCCAAAGGACAGGAGCAAGUGACAUAACAGUCAACAGUACAGUUCAAGCUAACUGGCAAAGAGCAGCUGAGAAGACUGGAAACAUGCAGAGCACCCAGCCACGAAUCAUGCAAGUGAUUGCUAUGUCCAAGCAGCAGGGUCUACUUCAAACCCAUUCCAAAAGCUUAGAUGAAAGCAGCAUGGGUUUUAAUGACAAUGGAAGUUGCCACGGUAGUACACGAUACAGAGCACUCACCGAUCAAGACCCUAUCAGCACCACAGGGCCCAGCUCACUGGGCAGCACCACUGGUAGCAUUUCAGGAAGCACUGGAGCAAUUGUCAGAGUAGAGGCCCACCCUGAAAAUAACAAACCAGUUAUUCAAGCUCCAUCUACAGAUGGAAGUGGAUCUUGGAGGUGGCGAUCGCUGGAUCAUGGCAACAGUGUCGGUGGAAGUACAGGGACUAGCUGUGUUGGUAGUGGGUCAGGUCUCAGGCAGACUGUUGAGCACAAUGAUCAAAGCGUCGACUCAGAGAGUUCAGACUCAGCUCGUGAAGGGUCCAUUGACCAGAAACGUGGCAAACAUAUUAUUAUCACCACCUCAACUGUUGGAACCCCAUCCAUAGUUACUGUUCACACCCAGAACACUGGCCAGUCAGAGCAGAGGCUCCAUCCUCAGGGCCUUUCCACCAUAAGGGUCACUCCAGGAGAUGGAUGUGGUCCUGGGGCUGGAGGAGGUGGUAACUUAGGGGGAGAGGCAGCUUCCGAAAUCCCCUCAGUUGCUUCCAGUCGUGAGUCAACGCUGCGAAGAAAAAGCAAUAAUAUCAUUAUGAUCCCAGAGAGAGCCAACAGUCCUGAUAAUGCUAGGAAUGUUUUCUACAAGGGAACCUCAAUUACUCCUACUUUCAAGGAAUAAAACACGAUGUGACCGGACUGCCAUUUGAAGAAAGCAAAUACAAGUGUAUUUUCAGAAAAUUCUAAUUCUAAAGAAGUUUAUAUGUAGCAUGGUUCUUGUACACGCUUACACUGAAGCGCAACAGUUUGUGUGUUGUUAAAAUAAUCACUGUGUAUUUCUUUGUGGUCACUCCUAUGGGAAUCCUUUUUAUAGAGUCAUAUGUUUUGGACUAAAAAAAAACAACAAAAAACAAUGUGCCAGUCACAUUAAGACAAAAUUGUUGUUCCAUAGCUGUGAAACCAAUGUUUACUUCCCUACAUUGUAAAUACUGUGUAUACUUGAAAGUGGUGCUACACCAGCCAAAACUAUUUAUUUAGUAAAAAGCAUUCUGUAUUCUCCAAAUACACCAAUAAUUAUUUUACAGAGAAUUUCAACAAUGGCAAGAAGGAUUAUGUAAUGCUUCUGUUCUGUACAGGUAACCCAUCUUUAACAGAAUACUGUUGGAACCAUAAGUGAGCUUAGCAUUUAUCAUGUAGCUACAAAGACAAAUUAGACGUAACUUGCACUAAAGUAAGCGUUUACUGUACGCUGCAUCAUACUGUUUUAUACAUCUGUAUACAUAUACUACUCACAAAGUGUUAGGGAUAUUUUGCUUUUGGUCAAAUUUGUGGAAAACUUAGAAAGUUCACACAACAAGGAUAUCAUGGCAUGAAAGUAGGCAAGUUUAGAAAUAUCCUACAAUGAUUUCCCUACCUCACACAGUGUAUUAAAAGAAAAGCCAAGAGUUGUGGGCAUGCAACAAUAAUUAAUGUCAAUGUCUCCAUAAUGUGUCAUGUGACUUGAGCAUUAAUUACAACUUGACAACAAUGUCUCCGAUUGUUCACAAGUCAACUUAUAGUCUGUUGUGGCAUGACGUCCCUCUCUUGUUGAAGGGUGGCCCUCAAAUCAUUGAGUUUCUUGAAUAUGAAGUUACAAGUCCCUGUACAGCGACUUAGCUGACCCCACAGGUUCUCCAUGAGAACCAGUUCUGGUGAAAAUGUUGGCCACUCCAGUCAUGGUAUCCUGGUGUUCAGCAGGUGUUCCUCAAGAUUGCAGCCUCGAUGACCUGGAGCAUUGUCAUCCCUUUGUUUUUUAUCAUUAAUCCAUGACUGGAUUAAUGAUGUUAUUUAGGUUGUAUCAUUUCUGCUAAACGUGAAUGAACUUACAUCAGAGAAACGUUCCCUGGCCCAUACAAGGCCAGGCCACUCAGCCUGUUGGUGUGACCAGUUAUGGUUGCAGGCUGUCCAGUACACAGACCACACUGAUGUUAAUGAUUCCUAAUGAUCUGAUGUGGCAUCUGGGAGCCUCUCACCUCCCUUAAAUGUACCAGGAGUUGAAUGGCAUUCAUCAUCCAGUUGUGCUGGGCAUUGUUCACUUCACAGCAGACGUGGCCAAAGAAAGUCCACUGUUAUACCUUUCUGUGACUCUUCCAGUCUUUCUAUUGUAUAUCUACAUUGCAACCUGCUGAUGAUACUGUGACUCUGUAAGCUCAGUGGCCAAUUCCGCCUGAGAACAUCCUGUUGGAAGCCUCAUAAUGGAAAUUAUGUUGGUCAAUUGUUAGCUGUUGCUCUGGUCUCAUGAUGUCAAAAUGUCUGCAGUAUGUUGAGGAGAACUGUUUUAAUACAAGAAAAAACAAUUGAGGUAGGAAAAGUAUUGGUUGAUUCAGGGGUCAAAUACCUGUUGUGAAUUUUGCCAUUAAAAAACAGUAGGUUGUUCAAAAUGUAUUGAAACAUUGAACAGUUGGAUAUGUGUAUUCAAAGAUUUAGCGAAAGUCACAUGAAGUUCAGCUGUAAAGGUGAUAAUGCAUCCCGACACUUCAUCUGAUAGCCUAAUAUCCCUAACUUUUUGUGAGUACAUUUGUAAAUGAAUGGCAAUCAAUUCUUAGAGCACAUACAUCAGCAAAAAAGUGCACUAUUUCACCAGUUUUACAACUUCUAAAUGUGUUGAAAGAUUGACAAAACGUCAGGAUUUUUCUGACUCCAUUUUAUAUGUUUUGUUUUUUUUGGAAAGUAUUUGAAGUAUUCCAGUGAAAUCCAUUUUGUGCGCAUGAAUUACCUGAGUCAGUAAGAGUGAAUAAAAAAGAAGACCUAUUUCAGUCAGUGUAAAUACAAAAAGCAUUAUGAGAUGAAUAUCUUUUUAAAGGACCAAAAGCUUUGCAAACCAGCAAUAUGUGAAAAAGGAAUUGUGCUUUUUUAAAUCAUACAGUUGCUAUGAUUCACCAUGUUUUAUGUUUGUUUCUCCAGUCCAGCUACUGCUGGACCUAAAUAGCCUUCCAUUAAACCUCAGAAAGAGAUUAGGCAGCCAUCAGCUUGUGGCGGGUUAUGCACCAGGCAACACCACCUCUUAAUAUAACAUGAUGGCUUUGGAGUGGCCUAGAUAAAGUAUGAAAGUAUUGAAAAUCCUCCAGUGGUUGAAUUAGAAUAAUUCUGUAAAGGAAAGUUACAAGCAGCUAUCAUGCUUAGGAGCAUCUAUGGCUUCACAUAAGGCAAACUUGGAUUGCAUAGCUUGUUUUUCUUUAUAGGUAAAAUAAAUCCUUGUUUGAAAACUGCUUUUUUAUUCACUCAGGUUUGAUUUUCUAAUUCCAAAAACUGUAUAAUCAUCUAUAGCAAUUACAUAUGAGAAAAACUCCUUUAAAGGAAAAGGGAGCAGUUGCUCCCUUAAAUGAAUUUAAGGGAGCAACUGCAAUAUCUAUUACUGAGGCUGCAGUACUUCAAUAUAUAGUGUUUUAGAAAAAGGGAUCUUUUUGUUCACAAUAUCUAAAUGCUGUAUUCCUCUGUGUACACCAAUGUAGCAAAAGCACAGAUUGUUUUAAACAACCUAAUGUUGCUUGUGUAGCAGAGCUCAACAAAGGUUUCCUAAAAGAUUUAGACAUAAAGUGUCAAUUUCAAUUAAAA